UGUGAAGGCUGGGGUCGAUUAUUUCAAGGUCGGGCGCCACGUGGAAGCCAUGAACGAGUACAACAAGGCUUUGGAAAUUGACCCGCAGAACGUGGAAGCUUUGGUAGCCCGUGGAGCUCUGUAUGCGACAAAAGGAAGUCUGAACAAAGCCAUAGGUGAUUUUGAAAUUGCUUUGGAAAACUGUCCUACGCAUAGAAACGCCAGAAAAUACCUCUGUCAGACGCUUGUGGAGAGAGGCGGGCAGUUGGAAGAGGAAGACAAACUAGUAAAUGCAGAGAAUUACUAUAAAAAAGCCUUAAGUUUGGAUGAGACUUUUCAGGAAGCAGAAGAGGCCUUAACGAAACUCCGUAAGCAUAUGCAGAAAUCUUUGGAAAUGAGGGAGAAACAAGCUGCCAAAGAAGAGAGACAGAAAGAAAAGAAAAUAGAAACAAGUGCAGAAAAAUUGCGUAAGCUCUUAAAGGAAGAAAAAAGGUUGAAGAAGAAAAGGAAAGUAUCAACCUCCUCCUCCUCCUCCUCCUCCUCUUCUUCCUCAAGUGAUUCAUCAGACGUAUCAGUUUCUUCUUCCUCUUCCUCUGAUCACAAGAAACGUAGGAAAAAGCGUCGGAAUAAAUCCGAGUCUGCCCGCAGCUCCAAAAAAUGCUCAUCUAGAGCUUCUUCCCAUUAUAAAGAUCAGGUUAGGAAAGAGGAGUGGUAUUCGCCUCCGGCUGAUACCUCUGCUUCCUUUCUUAACCAAAAUUUUGAAGUGGAGAAACUGCUGGAAAGUCAGGAGAGCUUAGUGUGCCCAAAAUCAGAGGGAAAAGAGAAAGACAGACACUGUUCUUUUUCGAGGACUUCAGGUGAUGAUGAAGACACUUUUGGAGGUAGGUCUGAAGAUUCAGGAGAUUCUUACAGUAGCUCCAGAGCUUUGCCAAGUAGUAGCAAAACUGAAAAAUAUGGUAAACCAGGUAGAUUUUUCUGUGGUCGGAGGGGUUCUUCAGGUUCGUAUCAUAGGUCAGAUGAUAAACCCAGGACGCAUUAUUUUAGGAGAUGGGAAAGGGACGUAGAGGGGAGAAGAGAGCAGUUUAAAAAACACAGCUCAGGUCAGGACAGGUAUUAUUACAUGUCUCCAUCAGGGUCUGACUACUCCGGCAGGUGGGUGGGAAGGUGCAGGUCAUAUUCCAGCAGCUGCUCACGGGAAGGUGAUCAAGGUUACGAUGGCGAUAGGCAUGCGUCAGGUCAGCAUAAAAAUGAGAGCGAGUGUAAGAAUAGGAAAGAAAGUUGUGAGGACACUAACAGCACAAAGGAACCCGACAAGGAAAUGUCUUUAAAUGGUACAGCACAAACAGAAGGCGGCGUUAAAAGAAACCUGCCCCAGAACUUAGUUAAUAUAUUCAAUCAGAUAGCCGAGUUUGAGAGGGAAAAAGGAAGUAAGCAAAAGAAACAGUGA